ACUUUCUAAGCAAAAUUAAGUUUCUAGAACAGUUCCUAAAACUAACUAAUCCAUAAUGUUAGCAUUAUCUCCUCCUGUAUUUCCAACACCUGAAUGGCCCUUAGAGGACCCCUUAGGCAUUGACCAAAUCUCCUACUUCUGUAGAGAAACUCAGCCUGCUACUGCUGCUUUUCUUCCAUCUUAUCAGCAAGAGUUAUUAUUAUUAGAGCUUGAUCAUCAACAAUCCACAUCUUUCACAGCCUAUAAUAGCAGUGGUGGUGACGCUAACGAUAUGGUGAAGAAGCUUAAUCAUAAUGCAAGCGAACGUGAUCGUCGCAAGAAGAUGAACACCCUCUAUUCUUCCCUCCGAUCACUAUUUCCGGCCGCCGAUGAAAUGAAGAAGCUGAGUAUACCUGCCACAAUUUCGAGGGUGUUGAAGUACAUACCAGAACUACAAGAACAGUUAGAGAGAUUGGUCCAAAGGAAGGAAGAGAUUUUGCUAAGAAUAUCUAAGCAAAAUCAUAUUGUUAAUCCCCAAAUAAACCAAAGAAAAGGCACUUCUCACAGCAGUUUAUCAGUAGUAUCAGCUAAUCAAAUUAGUGACAAAGAAGCCAUUAUUCAAAUUUCUACGUACAGUAAUACUAUCCAUACAAGUCCACUAUCAGAAAUCUUGCUUCUUUUGGAGGAGGAAGGCCUUCUUUUGAUUAAUUCUUCUUCCGCUGAAUCCUUUGGUGGCAGGGUCUUCAACAAUUUACAUGUUCAGGUUGAUGAUACUUAUACAUUGGAAUGUGAUGCUUUAAGUGAGAAGCUUGCAUCUCUGUAUGCCAAGAGGGACGGGCUGUUCCCAUGAAAUUUACAAUGUAUGAUAAUCUAAAUGUCAGUUAAGUAAAUGUAUAAGAAUUUAUGUCAUCAUAUUUUUCUAUAUCAUACUAAAACAUAAUGAAUAUAAUGGAACAAUAUUUUGUCA